CCUGAGCAGGCGCGAUGGACUGGAAGAAACUCCAGGACCUACUGAGCGGCGUGAACCAGUACUCCACGGCCUUCGGACGCAUCUGGCUGUCGGUAGUGUUCGUCUUCCGGGUGCUGGUGUACGUGGUGGCGGCUGAGCGUGUGUGGGGUGACGAGCAAAAGGACUUUGACUGUAACACCAGGCAGCCCGGUUGUACCAACGUGUGCUAUGACAACUUCUUCCCCAUCUCCAACAUCCGCCUCUGGGCCCUGCAGCUCAUCUUCGUCACGUGUCCCUCCAUGCUGGUCAUCCUGCACGUAGCCUACCGCGAGGAGCGGGAGCGGAAGCACCGCCAGAAGAACGGGGAGCACUGUCCCAAACUGUACAGCCACCCCGGCAAGAAACACGGCGGGUUGUGGUGGACUUACCUGUUUAGCCUCAUCUUCAAGCUCAUUAUUGAGUUGGUCUUCCUGUAUGUCCUACAUAGGCUCUGGCAUGGCUUCACCAUGCCACGUCUGGUACAGUGUGCCGGCGUGGUGCCCUGCCCCAACAUCGUCGACUGCUACAUCGCUCGGCCCACGGAGAAGAAGGUCUUUACCUACUUCAUGGUGGGCGCCUCGGCCGUCUGUAUCAUUCUCACCAUCUGUGAGAUCUGCUACCUCGUCUUCCACAGGGUUAUGCGAGGCCUGAGCAAGGGCAACCCUGCGAAGAGUGUGAGCUCCCCGAAGUCCUCCAGCCGGGCCUCCACCUGCCGCUGUCACCACAAGCUGCUGGAGAGUGGGGAGACGGAGCCAGGCCCAGCCAACACCCUGCAGGCUUCAGCACCCAACCUGACCCCCAUCUGAACCACGUGCUGGAGGAGGGGUGAAGCAGGGAGGUGCUGGAGGGGGAGGGGUCCUGGGGGUGCUGAGUGCCCCCCACUUUGAAUUCACUAAGCUAGCCAAUUCUGUUGGAGGCAGGUGUUUUGUGGGUGCUGGGCUCUGUCCUGGCUACCUUGUAUAGGUAGCACGGCCAAACCCAGCUUUGGAGAGACAUUUAAAUUAGCAAAGGGACUACAUGCAUGCAAGGGUCUACUUGGCGCUGGACUGGUAAGCAGGGCUUCUACCUUUCCCAAGGGACUACGGGGCACCCUCUCAGAAAACACAUGGUGGAAGAGAGAAAUGAGAGGGGGCUCUCCAGCAGAGACAGCAACAGCAAAAAGAACUGGGCAUCUCAGAGGAGGGGUGCCGGCCCUGGACUGGGGACAGCCAGCCCAAGAGAGAGUCUUUACCACUCAGCCAUGAGAGGCUGCCCAGGUUCCUAGGUGGAAUGUUCUGGAGGCCAAAGAGCGAACGUGGAAGGGGCAGGAGGUCUUGUCAUACCAGCUGCUGCUUGAGACACCUGUGGCUCCUCUGGAUCUCCCUUUACCAACCUCCACCUUCAGGCAGCAAAGACUCUUCUCCCUCCCACCAGGGUACUCAGCCCGCUGCACCCUGUGGCCAGGACCUUGGGGGCAUGCAUGGAAUGGGAGCAUAUCCAAGUCAGUUUCCUUCAAAGCAAUAAA